AUGAUUGCAAUGCUAGAACGCUUCUACGACCCUACAAGUGGUGUCAUCCGAAUCGAUGGCGACGCACUCACACAGCUCAACCCUCGCCUCUACCGUAAACAGCUGGCACUAGUACAGCAAGAGCCCGCACUGUAUCCCGGGAGCAUACGCGAAAAUGUCGCGUUCGGCCUGGGCCAGGAAAGUGAAGUAACGGACGAUCGAAUAGAGGCUGCUCUACGGGCCGCAAAUGCCUGGGAUUUCGUCUCAUCGCUCCCUGAUGGCGUCCGGACUCUCUGUGGCACCUCCGGAAGCCAACUCUCCGGCGGACAGCGACAGCGCGUAGCCAUCGCCCGCGCUUUGAUCCGAGAGCCUAUGGUCAUUCUCCUGGACGAGGCAACGAGCGCGCUUGAUACGGAGAGCGAACGAGUUGUGCAGGCUGCUCUUAUGAAGGCCGCCGCACAUGGUGAUAGAAUCACCAUCGCGGUUGCGCAUCGCCUUAGCACGAUCAAGAAUGCUGAUCGUAUCUGCGUCUUCUACGGCGGCAAGAUUGUCGAGGCUGGCACGCACGACGAGUUGGUUGAGCUUGGAGGCAUGUAUAGACAGAUGUGCGAAGCUCAGAGCCUUGAAAAGGCAGUUUGA